UGGAGCAGCAGCAGUUACGUGACGCGGGCUUCCCUCUGAUAGGCUGCAUCAACUACCUGUCUCCUCACUACGCCGAAAGCAACGAGAAGAAUGACUGGGUGCAGAGUAAGUCUGGGUCUGUCUCUAUCACUUCCUCUUGCUCUCGCAGCAACAACAGGAAUGACUGGGUGCAGAGAAUGCAGAAUCUAAGCAUUUCGUGCUCGCUGGUGUGUUGUAUCCUGCUGGGGGCGUCGGCGGUGGUGGGCAGCUUUGGCAUCAUCCAGCGACAGAUCUCCGCCGUCCUCAUCACUGGCGUCAUGUACAUUCUGGCCACCACGUUUGGUCUCUUCUGCCUGACCAUCAUGCACUUCAAGAGGAAGACCAAGAAGGACUGUGGCAUCCUCGACUCUCAGGUGACACCAGAGUACAGCUCCGCACGAGUGUUCCAGACAGGAUGGUCACUAGACCUGGGUUGGGGUGGUGUGGUGACCUGCUUGGUAGCAGCACUGUUGUGGUUACUGCUGGCCCGCAUCAUGCGCUACAAUCCCAUCUCUCUCUCCUGAUGCUACCCUAACCAUUUCCACUUGGGCCGUCCCUGCCGGCGUGCCCUGCUGAUCUGUUUCCGGGUUUGCUAUUGUGCCCGUCCAGCUCCAAACUGAACUGCUACUUCCUUGACAAUAAAUUUAUGGCAUGUUUAGGUGCAUGGGGAUACAAGUAGUUUAGAUACUACUACCAACAGAGGCCCUGGAUGAAUGGUUGGGAAGAAUGAACUUAGAUCAGGCUUUGUGAUUUUGCUUAAGAUAAAAUAUGGCUACAGUAUAUGGUAUGUACUUUAAGGCUGAAGAAUACUAUGUUUCUGGGGUUUAAUCGUAAGUGCUAGGUUUACAUGGUCCAUCCGCCUGGUAUAGAAUUAAUCCAUCUUGCCAGUAUAUAUCAUAUGUAAUUGAUUAAUUCUGUGCAUUAGAAUAACAAGCUCAAAAGUCCAGUAUAAAACAUUCUAGACAAGCAAAAACUCAACAUAUGAAACCACGUCAGCCUAAGAGAAAUAAGUACGAGUUAUUAAGAUAAACUGGAUCAAUUGGGAUAAACAGUAUAUAAUCAAAAUAAACAAAAUUAUCAUUACAGAUAAGAACUAGUUAUCAUUUACCUUUAUAAGUACAGUAAUGAGAUCAUUCUAUAUUUUGCACUACUAUAAAACAGUUAUCAUAUCUGAUGUAAUGAAUCUUUGUUCGUCUUAAGCGGUUUAUAAAAAAGUUGAUGUAUGAUUCAUGUUGAUUUCUUGGCUUCUUAACACACCUGUCAUGACAUAAUAUUGGAAUGUGGCCAUAAGGUACAGUAUUUGAAUCUUCAGAUGUUUUUUAUUUGCAUCUUCAGGAUCUUAAAUUCAAGAAUUGUAAGUCGUAAUUCAAAUUUAACUUGUGCAGUAAUGAAAAUACAGGGUUAAGGAUAUACCUGAUAAGUGUCUAAUAUUUUUAGGUAGCGGUUCAAUAUUAGCAGUACAUAAUGUCUUUGUCAUUAUACUACAGAUAUUGUUUCUUUAAGCUUCAAACUCUUCGACUGUAGCUUGUGGAGCACUAGCAGUGACACUUAAAGGUGAGGUUGGACAUGUUAUCUCUGAAUAUCAUUACCAAGUAGAUAUUUCUCACAUCAAGUUAGGAGGGAGAGAUUAUACAGAAACUGAGCACCAUAUAUAUCAUGAUUUUCUCUGUUUGUACCACACCUGUCCAUCAAAGGGCAUUGCAGUUUAUAGAAAUGGUGCUACAUAUUAUGGCAUGACAAUUUCAUCAGUACAUAUCCAAAUACAUUCUUGAAUAACAAUCAGCAUUAAAGUUGACAUUUGUAAUCCUGUAUUUUCACAAUGAUUUUGUGCUGUUCAUCCUAUAUAUGCAAUACAGUAGCACAUCUCUUGCGUGAACCUUAUACACCUCAGAACCUCAAAUUGGGCAGUGUGAAAUAAAAAUCUGACUACAGUUUUUUAAGCCGAAUACACCCCAGACCCAAGCCCAAAACAAAAUUAAAUUGCAUCCUCUACAGCUCUGCAUGGUGCAGUGCAAGACUGGCCUAUACCCAAAUCCUAGUUAUGCCAGGUUCAAAUCAGCUGUGUCAUAACUUAUCCACUUACCCAAAACAGUUAAUUUAUACAUAAGCAAACACACUCUAUGUCAUUUACACAACAGGACUGAAAAUUUUAGUUGAUAAAAACUAUCCAAGUUCUUGCUAUCUUUAAGUCUGUGUGGUCAUUCAUUCAACCCACUUCAACCCUUAAGGCUUAUCAAUUCCCAAGCAAUUUUAGAUUGUUAUGAUCUGGGCCUGCCAAGAUAAUUAUUUAGUUAUCCUUUAUUAUACCACCCUACUCCGUUGUCUUAUCACCUAUUAUAGUUUCGCAUAAAUUAUGUGUUUAUAUUUAUAAUACUGUGUUGGGAAAAGCAUUUGGCCAAUUUGUAGUGGAAGACGUAAUUAUCUUCUUCGAUAUGGGCAAAGUGCAAGAAAGUGUAAAAAAAGAAAUUCAUGUUUUUGUCUAAAAUUAUCCUAAAUAUAAUUAUGUAUUCUACUACAAGAACAGUAUAAUAUUGAACUAGUAUUCAUAUUGUUUUGAUGUUUUCAUUAUUUUAGUUAAUCAUAGCGCAUAAAUGUAAUGGAUUAUAUGAUCAAAUUUAUAAAAAACUAAAUAAAGUAUGAGAGAUAAGGUAGAGGGCACAAGUAUAGAGCGCCUCGCACUCUCUCGCUUAGGUCCUAUUUUGUAAACAUAGCAACUGUGUGUAUUGACGAAAAUUGGUUUAUAAAGCUUUAAUAUUGCAUUGUCAGGAUUCAUUUGUGUAUUAAUAUGGUGCAGUUGUGUGUACUGAUUAUGGUGUUGUAAGAGAUAAAGCAUUAUAAUUGUUGUGAGGACAGAUAUUUUCGAAAAUGUAAGAGACUUGAACUGUUCGGUGGCUGCGGCCAGGAGUUUCACUUGCAUUGAGAUAUCAUUGUAUUCAUCGCUUGUUUUAAUAUAGUUUGUUUAUUGUUAAAA